ACAAUAGAAAUGAGGCUACCCUUUUCUGUUUCACAAAACACAAUACGAGAUUUCCGGGAGUUGGCGGUCUGGUCUGGUUUGGUCGUGCUGGUGGUGUUUGCGGUGGUGCUGCUUCUUCCGCCUGUCUUAUCCAUUCCCUUUAGCCUCCCCAUAUAAGACAGCCGCUUCAUCAUAAUAAUCACCACCGUACCCUCCGCCGUGUCACCACCAAAAACCAUUCUCAUUCUGCCAACUCUGCCCAUUUUUUUCAACCUCGCCGACGUUCUUCAAGCUGGCCGGAAACCGUUACGUAAAAACCAAGAAUGGGAAGGGAACGGAGAACAAAGAAGAGCGGUAAUAAUGGUAAUAAUAAUAAUAACAUUAAUAAGGGAAGAAUAUCAAAGAUUGGAAGCUAUGCAAUAUCUUCAUCAAUGUCAAUGAGAGACCACAGACAACAACCUUGUAUUACAUGUACAACGUUUAAUAUUUUGGCUCCUAUUUAUAAACGGCUUAAUCUUAAUAAUAAUCAAAACUCCCGUGAAAGUGAUUACAGAGCUUAUUGGCUGACGAGAAACCACCGGAUUUUGGAUUCUUUGAUAAGAGAACGUUCUUCCAUUAUUUGUCUGCAGGAAUUCUGGUCGGGUAAUGAAGAGCUUGUUAAAAUGUAUGAAAAAAGAUUGGGUGAUGCUGGUUAUAUUAAUUUCCAGCUUCCACGAACUAAUAACCGUGGCGAUGGACUCCUAACUGCUGUUCGUAAGGACUAUUUCAGAGUAAUUAAUUCCCGAGAAGUUCUUUUCAAUGAUUUUGGGGACCGAGUUGCUCAGUUGUUACAUGUCGAAUUAGAUGCUCCUUUCUCCGAAUGUCGAAACAAAGAUACUGGUCAGGAAAUCCUUAUAGUGAACACUCAUUUGUUAUUUCCCCAUGAUUCGAGUUUGUGUAUAGUAAGAUUACAUCAGGUCUAUAAAAUUCUGCAAGAUGUGGAAUCAUAUCAGAAGGAAAACAAGCUUAACCCCAUGCCCAUUAUGCUUUGCGGCGAUUGGAAUGGGAGCAAGCGCGGACAUGUUUACAAAUUUCUUAGAUCACAAGGUUUCGUGUCUUCAUAUGACACUGCUCAUCAGUAUGCGGAUGCAGAUGUUCAAAAGUGGGUUAGCCACCGCAAUCACCGUGGGAACAUAUGUGGAGUGGAUUUUAUAUGGCUUCUUAAUCCCAAUGAAUACCGCAAACUACUUAAAACAAGUUGGAGUGAAGCAGUAUUUGACAUGUUCAAGUAUCUACUUCGGAGAGCUUCACUUACAGAAGCGGAGGCCUUUGCUUCUUUGAAGACUGAUAAUGAUGGUGAUUGCAUUACCUACUCAGGUUUCUGCGAAGCUCUUCGACAGCUUAAUUUAACUGGUCAUCGCCAUGGACUCUCUGCUGAAGAGAUAAAGGACUUAUGGCUCCAAGCAGACACUGAUGGGAAUGGCCUUCUAGAUUACAAGGAAUUCCAGCAGCGAAUUUGGCAUCCUGCAUCGGACCAAAAAGAUGAAAUCAGCAAUGAAUUAGUUGAAGUUGGCGUUCGGCAAGAGCAAACAAUCGGUUUCAGCGUGGAGAAUGCAGUACUUUUUCCUCCUGAAGCAGAGAAAGGAAGAUGGCCAGAAAAUUAUUCUCUAUCCGAUCACGCUAGACUCACUGUGGUAUUCUCACCAAUACGAAUGCCAUGCUCACAGGCAUUAUCUUGACUGGCCUUGCACACAUUAUACGCAUAUAGCCGCGUUUAUAUGAAUAAUAUACGAAGGCAUGAAGCAAUCAAGAUGGUCGACGGGUUGUGGUAUAGACACUCAAGCUCAUACAUCUUGAAGCUCUUAGUUCGUCGAGCAAUUAUCCGAUGAUUUUCUAACUUUGACGGGCUUUUAAGAGUCGAUUUCAUGCUUUCUUGCACGGUAGGUCUUACACGAGCAAACCAACUCGUAGUAUAACUUGCUCGAGUCAUUAUUUCGAAGUGGCAAUCUCAGGUUUUGCUGUAUUUUUCCUUGACUGUAGGUGAAGAAAACGAGGGAAAGAAGGUUGGUCAGAUGUUACUUGUGGUUCAAGGCAUCACAUUUUGAAGAGUGGUGACCUCCAUUUUAGUGUGUGUUUUUGUACAGUAAAUGUAAAUUUCAUUUCAUUUUACCUCUGCUAUACAACAUAAACGCUUUUAAAUGAAUUAACUGGAUGGGAAUAUCAAUUGGGUAUUUCUUGUAAA